AUGGCAACCGGCACCGUGCUCGCUGCUUUCUCGGUCCUCAAGGAUCACGUCAAAUUCAAAGUUAAUCAAAAUUCGGUAGCCAUUGACAAUAUCGUUUUCAGAUUACAUUACAGGGCUACGUUUUUGUUGCUUCUCGUUGCGUCUAUUCUGGUCACCUCUAGACAAUUUAUCGGGGAACAUAUAAGGUGUAUCGCUGAUAAUGGUGUUGCAUCACAUGUCAUCGAAACAUUUUGUUUUUUCAUGUCCACAUACACCGUGGUGAAGCAUAUGAAUAUUACCGCGGUACAACAGGGCGAAUUACCGCAUCCUGGCGUUGGACCAGCUGCCAAAGACGACCCCGUCGUACAUCACGCUUAUUAUCAAUGGGUACCCUUCAUCCUGUUCUUCCAGGCACUACUCUUUUACUUGCCGCACUACCUAUGGCGAAAAACGGAAGGUGGCCGCCUAAGUAUGCUGGUAUCAGGAUUACACAUGGCAUCUUUGUCUUUAAACGAAACGGAGAUCAAGGUAAACGAUAGCAUAAAGGUACCGUCGAAAAAAGAACGCGAUGACAAGAUACAACAGAUUCGCAUCGGCUUCAUAAAUCGCCUGCACUUGAAUCGUCCGUGGGCAUACAGUCUGACUAUUUGCGAGAUUCUGAAUUUCAUAAACGUGAUCUUGCAAAUUUACUUGACCGACUGGUUCCUCGGAGGAGCUUUCCUGGGUCUUGGACAGGCGGUCUCCGAGCCACCGUCUAAGGAUAAAAUGAAUCCACUUGAUAUAGUAUUCCCAAAGGUAACCAAAUGCAUUUUUCAUAAGUACGGUCCUAGUGGAACCAUACAAAAGCACGACGCGCUGUGUGUAAUGGCACUAAACAUCGUUAACGAAAAGAUCUAUACUGUCCUUUGGUUCUGGUUCGUCGUGCUGGCAAUACUAACCGGUUUGGGAUUGGUUUGGAGAAUACUGACUAUGGUCCUUCACGCAAGAAGUACGUCAUUCAAUCAGUUCGUGUUUUCCAUGGCAUGUCCUGGAAAGUACAAUCCAUGGAACGUACUCAAGGUCACUCACGAGUAUUACUUCGGCGACUGGCUGUUUCUCUAUUACAUAGCGAAAAAUCUGGACAACUAUGUAUUCAAGGAACUUCUUCAGAGUUUGGCGGAGGAUCUGGAGAAUAAACGUCACGCGCGUUAUAAAAUUUUACCGCUGGAGGUGGAGCAGGAAUUACUGAACAAGCAAUGGGGAGACGAUAUGAAAUCUCCCAUAAACGAGGACGAAAAAAUAAAAUAGCCUCUAAGUGAUUAUCUCUAA